AUGUCUUUGCCCGUCAGAAAAACAAAUGGCAAGUUCCAGCAGGUUCGUAUUGAGAAUCCUAUCGGGUGUGUGCAGGUGCCUGUGGGAUUGGCUGGACCUCUCUGGGUGUGGGAGACCGGCACUAGCGGCGCAGAGGUUGAAGAGGUAUAUGCACCGCUGGCUACCACCGAAGCAGCCUUGUGGGGAAUUUACAUUAUUGCUCUUCGCGAUGCCAUGUCGAAAGUUCCAGCUUUCAUAUUCGACUCGCCGGUCAACGCUCUGGCCUUCGCUCAGAAGGUACCGACCCUCCAGGGGGAGUUGAAACGGCUUGCCGAAUCUACCAGUCGCAGAAUCCAGCUUCUAUCAGUAACUCCGACCGUAGUGGGCUCCGCAACGCAUCUGCAUUUCAACUACAAAUGCGGCGACGCUACCGGUCAGAAUAUGGCCAGCAUCGCAACUCAUCGAGCCUGCCACGAGCUGCUGAUAGACACCCCUCUCUGUGAGGAUCUGAAGAUUCGUGGCUUUCUAUUCGAAGCGGGAACGUCGGGGGAAAAGAAAGCCGGCUGGUCACAUGUGCAAGAACCACGCGGCGUCGAGGCCAUGGUAUGGGGGACGAUCAGCAACGAAGUAGCCGGAGAGCUGCUGGGAUGCUCGACCGAAGCCAUCUACCAGGCUCUGACUCGUGCACAAGCUGGAUCCGUGCGAGCAGGCGAAUUUGGCUAUGCAGGCAACGUCAUGAACGCCGUGACUGCUAUCUUCAUCGCUACUGGGCAGGACGUUGCCAGCAUCAGCGAAUCCUGCUGGACCCAGCUCACCCCGGAAUACAACUAUGAGACCAAGGUGCUGACUCUGUCACUAUAUAUUCCGCCCCUUCCGGUGGGAGUGGUUGGUGGAGGCACCCACCUGGGUCCUCAGCGUGAGGCGCUUGAAAUUAUGAAGUGCAUUGGACCUGGGAAGAAGCGUCGGCUUGCUGCACUUAUUACCGCAUUUGCGUUGGCCUUGGAUCUUAGCUCCACGGGUGCUGUAACUAACGAUACAUUUUCUCAAGCUCAUGCCGGGCUUCGCAGAAAGCCUGACGAUGCCACGGCAAAGCUUUAG